AUGAAACAAGAUUUUUCAUUAAUGAAAGAAAUGAGUAGUUAUACACACGUUGGACCAAACGAACGAUUUCAACAAUUAAAUGAAUUUCUUAAUGAUAUUCAAAAACGUGAAGAAGGACGUAAAGAAUUAAGUAAAUGGCAAAUAAAUCUUGAUAAAGAACUUGUUCAACUUACUGGUCGUACAAUGAAAGCUGAAUCGAUUAUUUAUAAAGAUCGUACAAUUAAAUAUGAUCCAUUAGAAGCUGAUAGAUCUCGUGAUGGUCGCUCAUUAGCACAUCUUUCAGCUAAAAAUCUUGAUAAAUGGAUUCUUAUUUAUUCUCAACGUCAUUCACAAAUAGCUCAUUCAUUUGUUGAUUCUCUUAAUAAAGUUUGUACAUCAUUCGGUAUGCGCGUUGAUUUUUCUGAAAUGAUCGAAUUACCAAACGAUCGAUCUAAAACAUUUAUUCGUGCUAUUGAAAAUAAAGCUAAUCCGCAAUUGGAUUUAGUUUGUUUUUUAUAUGUUCAUUGUCCUGUACCAUCACAAAUGCUUUUAUCGAAAACAUUACAAAAACCAGGACAAUUAAUGUCAGUUGCAACUAAAGUUGGUAUUGAAAUUAAUGCAAAAUUAGGUGGUGAAAUAUGGGCUGUGCAAAUUCCGUCAAAAACAUUAAUGUUUAUUGGUAUUGAUACAAAUCGUGAUUCUCAAUCACGUUCAUCUCAAAUGGUUGGCUUUGUUGCAUCAAUAAACCCAACAUGUACGCGUUAUUAUCCACGUGUUAUCGAACAACGAAGUACUAAUGAUUUCAUAUCAGGAUUAAAAUCCUGCAUGCAAAAUGCACUUCAAAAAUAUCAUCACAUCAAUGGUGUUUUACCAGCAAAAAUUAUUGUUUAUCGUGAUGGUGUCAAUGAUUUGCAAUUACUUGAUGUUAUUGAAAAUGAAUUACCAGCAUUGAAUGAAAUUUGUAUGAAAGCGCAAGAAGGCUAUGAGUAA